AGUUUGAACUCGGUGAUUAAACUGGUCAACUCCAAGAACAUCUGUAUAAAUGUUAAUUCCAUCUGAUCAACUUCAGAUCAAGCUGAAUAUACAAAGGAUGUUUGGAGUCAUUGUGAGUCGUGGAUUGUGCUGCAAAAUUGAAAAGAGUCUACAAGUUAAUAUACGUUAUUUUAAUACAAAUUUUGGCAGUCUCUCCCAUUUUUGUGUAGCCAGUCAAAAGACUUUAUUGGUCCAGUUCAGAAACCAAUGGCCAAACCCUUCUUGUUUAAUCAACUGGCCUAAGCCACAAUCCUCAAUCAAACAGUGUUCAAUAAUAUGCAACAUUCGUCGUUCAUUCUUCACAAAAAUGUUUCAUAAAGAUCCUUUUUAUACUGACAAAGUAGACAAAUCUCAGUAUGAUCUUGUGUAUAUUUCUCCGGCAACUUCCUACAUUUUCAUGGGUCAGCUUGUGGCCAGCGGUUUAACUACUUUUUUUCUGCUUAUUAAAGGAUUUGAAAUAACAAAUUUUGAAACAGCUUUUCUCUUCACCGAUUACCUAGAAAAUACUACAGAACUGACUAUUGCUUGUACUGCAUUUGUUCUCUUGAAUCUUUCGGUGUUUGCCAUCAUUCAGAAAUACCCAAUUAGAAUAUACUUUAAUGAAGAAAAGGAAGAGUUUAUAAUAAUAUUGUUUAAAAUUCUUCCAUUUUUAACCCACAAGAUAAAGUGUCAGUCAGGUGAUAUGGAACAUAUAAAUAGUUCAAGCCACACUCAGUUUACAGGUGGUUAUAAAUUAGGAAAAAGGAAAUUAAUAAUUACACCUGAAUAUUUCAAGUAUCCUAUUUAUUACAACAUUCUCUUAGGUUAUGUUCAAAAGGAAGGUCACAAAGAUGAUACUUAGACUGUUUCCCUUAUGCUGAGAGCUUAGGGAAGGCCAUAACCUUGAGAUAAACCAUCUGAUGUACCAUUAAAGGAAACUGUUGUCGAUAUUAUUGAACAACGUGCAGUAUGCCACCCGUGGGAAGAACAGGUGUGACCUCAAUAAAAUAAAGAACAAGAGCAGCUAGAACAGCACCGACUUAGUGACUUUUUUGCCAACAUUUUUAUGUGAAAACUGCACAUACUCAGCAGUAAUUGAUAAAUGUAGAACAAUACUAUAUUAAUAUACAAAGGUAGAAAAUGCUUGUAUUGUUUAUGUACUACACUUUUAUUAAUAGUAUUGGUUAGAAUAUUUAAUAUAUCUAGUUUCAAGGGUUUUUUAUUGUACAGAUUUAUUUUGCAUUGUUAGCUUAUUACAUGCAUUUAGGACUAACCUAAAUCUCCUAAGAUGGCCUACAUAUUGUUAACAGCAAAGGUACCCAGCUGACAUAACAAUGCAUUCUAAUCUUUAUAAGUAAGAACAGCAUAUUUAAUUAACUAUACUCAUUACCAGGUUUAUUUUUAAUUUUGCUGUAAGGUCUGAUGGGAAGUUAACAUUGUUUAAUGUUUUUUCUUGUUGGGCAGGUCCCUAUGGAUUAUUUGGUAAAAAUAAUUCCAAGUCCAGUUCAUGUACAGAUUUAAAAAAUUAAUUUUUAAAGUGAUAUUUGCUACAGCUACGUUUACGUGUAGGCCUAAUUUCGUAAACAUACUUUUGGACAAAAAAUCCAAAACUAAUAUAGGCCUAAUUUCAAGUACACUGCUUCAACAGAAAUUUCAAGAUUAGUGGUACUUAUACCUAACUUACUGAGUUUAGAUCGUUAAAAAACAUGAUAACUCAGUAGCAGGAUAGACACAAAAAAUCUCAGUUUCAACAGCAAAUAACUUCUGACACUAAACUGACUCAAUAAUAAAUAGUUACUCAUAUUUAUAACAUACCCAUGUUUCUACAUAUUAUGCAAAACUUCUGGAUUCUUAAUAUUUGUGAACUUUCUAGAUCUUAAUGUCAUAUGCUUUCUAGUAAAUAUCUACAUUAAAACAUUCAAAAUAUGGCUUAAGAAAUAUCAAUAUAUAAGGUAUUUAAACUUGUCCAUGUUAACUAUUUAAUGUCAUCACAUAAAGUUAGAGAUAUCUGUUAUUCAGUUUAUUGUAUAUUUUGUUGAA